AUGCGCGUUUUCGCCUGCCGGGCCUGCGCCAUGGAUCGCAUUCCGCUCCCCUCGCCAUUGUCACACUCGCUUGCGUCGCACCGGGUUCGCCUCGGGCCGUGGCUUCCUCCUCCCGUCCGACAAACCAUCGCAGCGACAGUCAACGGAGUCAACGGGGCCAACAGGGUCAGCCAAGUCAGCAGAAACAGCGACGGAAACACGCUCAUCCCCUCUCGUUUUUUCACGUCGCUAUCCUCCCGCCCCUCCUUCUGCGCCAAAACCUGCGUUUUUCUCCGUCAAUCCGCUUGCGCCUCCCCACGAUCCUCCUCCUGCCUUUCCGCCUCUCCCUCCGCGGGUAUAUGGACCAGCGCGUCUGGCGCGUAUCCCUGCGCGCACCCCCUAAGGGAGGGGUUGAGCCGCACCGGUGCGCCAAAGGGAGGCGCGGGGCGCAUUGGCGCGCAGCUGGCCGGGCUGCAGUCGCGUGCUGCGCUCCCCCUGGUUGCGCGGGCGGAAGGCGGGGAAGAGGCCGGGGUUAUCGUUGCGCGCGGCAGGAGAUACAGCGGGACGGGGAAGGGGGGGGAGGAAGAGGGGGAAGAAGAGGAGGACGGGGAAGAGGGGGAUGAAGGAAGGGAAAUGGCUGCUAUGCACGCAGGUGAGGAAGACGAGUUGGAUAAAGGCGGCGGUAGUAGCAGCGAGGGGGAAGAGAGCGGGGGAGGGGAGGCGAACGGGGGGCGGAAGAAGAGGAGGAGGCGGAGGGAGGAGGAGAAGCAGCGGACGCGGGAGGGGGCGGAGGCAAGCAGCGGGGAGAGCCUGAGGAGGGGGGUGACCUAUGCGGAGGCGGAGAGGUGGGUGGGCGGAGGGGCAGAGGCGGAAGCGGCAGACGUGGUGGGGGCGUUUGAGGGGGUGCGGUUGACAACUCUGGUGGACGGCACACUGGGGGCUGGCGGUCACACUCUCGCUCUAGCUCGCCACCACCCAGAGUUGCAAGCAGUGGUGGGCAUGGACGUGGACCCCUCAGCACACGCCAUUGCUGCUGCGCGCCUGCACCCCUUCAUGCGCAUCGCUGCCCCUCCAGGCGCACGGGCAGGCAGUCCUCACGAUGCCCAUGCCCAUACCCAAGCAGCGGCGCCAGUUGAGGAGUGGGGCGAGGCAGAGGAGCGGGGCCAGUCUGAGGAGCAGGCCCAAGCAACAGUGCGAGUGGCAGAGGAGCCGGAAGCGACAUUGCGAGUGUCGGAGGAGAGGGGGGCCACAGCGACACUACACGUGGUGGAGGGGAAUUUCCGGCGCAUGGUGGAGGCAUGUGCGGGUGUGGGAGUGGCUCGUGGCAGUGUGGACGGCAUUCUGCUGGACGUGGGGGUCUCCUCCAUGCAGAUCGACAGGGCAGAGAGGGGCUUCAGCUUCAUGAGGGAUGGGCCUCUGGACAUGCGCAUGGACCCUAAGAGCCCCAUCACCGCUGAGGUGGCGGUCAACGAUUGGCCGGAGGAGGUGCUAGGGAAGAUCUUGAGAGACCUAGGGGAGGAGAGGCGGUGGCGGCAGCUUGCCCGGCGGAUCGUGGAGGCGCGGGGGCGAGGGCGCAUCAGCAGCACCACGCAGCUCGCUGCUGUUGUGGCAGGAGGGGCGUAUGGGCCUGAAGGGCUCAGCCACUCCUGCCGCUCCCACCCUCAUCCUCCCGUUCCGGUGGCCCCGGGCGUGCGUCCACCCAUCCACCCGCACCUUCCAGCACAUCCACUGCACACCAUCUCAUCUCCCAUCCCUCCCCUGCCUCUGCACAUCCUGUCCUGCCCUGUGUGUCCCAUCUCAGCCUCUUCAUCCCGCCGUGGUGGCCCCGGCAUGCGAAUCCACCCGGCCACCCGCACCUUCCAGGCUCUCCGCAUCGCAGUAAAUGACGAGCUUGCCGCCCUGGCGCUCGCCAUCCCCGCCGCCCUCUCCCUGCUGGCGCCGGGCGGCCGGCUGGCCGUCAUCUCCUUCCACUCGCUCGAGGACCGCAUCGUGAAGCGAAGCUUCCUGGAAGCUGCUGCUGGCAUGGCUGUGCCCAUGCCAGUGCCAGUGCCCCUGCCAGUGCCUGUACCUGUGCCUGUGUCUGCACCACAAGUAGGGAGCAGCAGUGGCUGGGAAGGGCAUGGGCAUGCGAGAUACCGGGUGGUGACGAAGCGGCCGGUGGUGGCAGAGGAGGAUGAGUGGAGGGUGAAUGCACGCAGCAGGAGUGCCAAGCUGAGGGUCAUCGAACGAGUCGCUUGA